AUGGGCUACGAUGACCCCGUGCCUUCGAUAGAGCGGGAAACACUGCCCAAUCGCCAACUCUAUCAGGCAUCAACAAACAAUAAAGCUGCAUCCCAGUGGUCACAAGAACCAGCCUCUUUGAACAGCGCGUCUAAUACACCACUUCCUCCUUCUUCGCCAGCCACUAUCGCCCAACUGGCACCUCGAUUGCACAUGCAUGAGUCCACACCAGGAGUGCAGUCUCUAAUUCAAAAGCGCUCGACUUCGCAUCCUCUGAAUCAUGACAGACGUUCAUCGACACCUCUACAGCUAAAUAGGAGAGUGUCUGCUGUUCUGAGUAUGACAAGCUCAAGUACCCCAACACGGCCGCCAACGAGUCGGCGUGUAUCCUCCAAUCUCCUCCUGCCAUCCUCAGCCUCUUCUGCUCGUAGUCGAUCUUCUUCUGGAGCAACGAUCAGAGACAUGGAGCGCAAGCCUGAGACCACGUCCUCUAGCGUGGCGCAAGACUACUUUAGAAGGGAGCUGGGGGCCCAUGCCAGCGCCGAGACGUCCUCAAAGGCUGCUGUAAUCAUACGCGAUGCUUGCUAUGGGCACCGGUAUUCGAGGCCCCGUACUUCAAAAGCUGCGCUUAGUACGAUCGUGGAAAGACCAGAGAGACUCCAUGCAUGUAUUCUCGGAGCUUCGACAGCCUAUGUUCGUAUGGGAGGGAGACAUGCUGGUGGUGAUUGUCCCCCACAUCCUGAUCACGACGUUUCCUCUCCACCAUUCAAGAUCCAGAAGACUACUAGAUCUAUUCCCUUGAAUUAUGCAGCAGUGACACAAGUGCAUGGGCAAAAAUGGAUGGAGGAGCUUCAGAUCAUGUGUGAUUCGGCAGAGGGAAAGCUGGCCAUGAACGGGAGAGAGCUUGUCAGACCGAUCGGAUAUGGCAAAGACGAGGCCGGAGACGCUCUGCCUAAGUUGCACGAGGGAGAUCUAUACCUCUGUUCAGCCUCUCUGGAUGCAUUGCAGGGCUGUCUGGGAGGCGUAUGCGAAGCGGUCGACGCUGUUUGUGGCCCUGGUAAUACCAGUAGAGCUUUUGUUUGCAUACGUCCUCCUGGACACCACUGCUCUUCCAAUUUCCCGUCCGGCUUCUGCUGGCUCAACAAUGUUCAUGUUGGUAUCGCUCACGCCGCCAUGACCCAAGGACUGACACACGCUGCCAUCAUUGAUUUCGACCUUCACCAUGGAGAUGGAUCUCAAGCCAUAGCAUGGGAUCACAAUCGCAAAGCUGCUGGUAACCUGCCCAAAAAUGCUUCCCCCUACAGCAGGACACCUAUUGGAUACUUUAGCUUGCAUGAUAUCAAUUCAUAUCCAUGCGAAUGGGGGGAUGAAGAGAAGAUCAAAAAUGCUAGUCUGUGCGUUGAGAAUGCCCAUGGCCAGUCGGUCUGGAAUGUACAUCUUGAGCCGUGGAAGAAUCACACCGACUUCUGGAAGCUUUACAGGUCGAGGUAUUGCAUCCUGCUAGAGAAAACUAGGAUAUUCUUACGGCAGCAUACAACAAGACUGCAGAGCGCAAGUAAUGGUCCCAAGGCUAAGGCAGCAAUCUUCCUUUCGGCAGGGUUUGAUGCUAGUGAAUGGGAAGGCGCUGGCAUGCAAAGACACAAGGUCAAUGUUCCAACAGAUUUCUACGCACGAUUUACCUCGGAUGUGGUGAAACUGGCGGAAGAGGAAGGCCUUGGGGUUGAUGGAAGAAUCAUCAGUGUGCUUGAAGGAGGUUACAGUGAUCGAGCCUUGACGAGUGGAGUACUCAGUCAUCUCUGUGGACUGACGCAUGAUAUCCAAAAUGCCAUUUCCAAGGCAGAAACCAUUGACACAGGCUUAGCCUCUGCAAUGGCCAAGCAAAUGAGCAUGCCCACCGAGCCCAGUCUUACUCCACAGACCGAUGGAAAGAUACACGCUGAUGGGCCGGACACGAUUGGCAAGCCCUCGUAUAACCCGGAGUGGUGGUCUACCUUUCAUUUGGAAGCUCUUGAAGUGCUGGUCAACCCACCUGCUGCCCCUUCUUCACAAACCAAGUCAAAAGACAAAACAAUUGGCAAUUACUCUUCUCCUACACAAGCCUCCACUGCAAAAAUGGCGGAUCCUGCCCGAGAGCGAAGAUCUCUAUCCGUUCAAGCAGAGGGAAGAGCAUCAAUAGAGCCAGAACCAGUACAGCCACCACCUGAUGUGGACUGGGCUGUUGCGUCAUAUGAGCUGUCUCGACUUCUCAUCCCCACUGAUCGCCAAACCCUGAGUUGUAGGCACGAUGAGCUGAAUGCUGAAGCGACAAAGGUCCGACGAGAAAGGCAGUCAACCAUAGGUCUACCAUCUGAUGACCCAUCGGUAGUGGACCAGAAAAUGCAGCUUCGAGAUCGGAAAGCAAAAGCUAUUGUUGGUGAAGACCCGCUUAAGGCCGCAUCGAAAGCAGACAGACGGAGGACUAUUGCCGCAGUGGGCGAUCUACCUGACCCAGGAGCUUUGCAAGAUGUUCGGAACAAACCCGCUAUAGGUAUUGCCAACAAUCGAGCUAGAAGAAGAUCUAGCGCUGGCUCGAGCAUGUUAUCUGCAUUUGAGAACAUGAGUAUGAGCGAUCGUGAUAGUCAGGCUCCCGAGUCAGGUGUCAGUACCACUCGACGCGAGACUGUGCUAGAGAAAGUCCCUGUUCAGCGGAAAGUCAAGCAGCCGGCCGCUGCCAAAGUGCAGCCUAGCAAACCAAGAACGAGCCCCAGGAAGACAGGUCCUACACCUCCCGUACCAAAGGUUCCAUCCGCAUUCAGCAGAUCUUCUAGCCAUACCUCGACUGAACGGCGAGAAACUACGACCAACCAAACGCGGUCUGCACGCGGUUCGGUUGCCUCAGCAGACACAUUGACCAAGGUGGAUGAUCUAGAUGCUCUUUCAUCUCAUAUGACAAAGCUGAAGAUCAAUCUGAAGGUGCCCUCAGCAGAAGACAAUGCGGCGAGGGAGAGGAAGGGAGCGGUAGAGAAGGACAAGCAGAGGAAAUCUCGAGUGCCACGAAAGCCGCCGGUGGCGAAGGCAGCCAAAGAUGCUCCUACAAAGCCCCGAAGACAAUCUGAUGCUCCUCAUGUCAUACCUUCAAGCACAUCCGAGACAAUCACCACAAAUAAGCAGACUGCUAGAGUUGUCGAUGUUCCUGCUUCAACCGCUCAGCGCGGGCAGCAGCCGCUACCUGUCCAGAACAGACAGCAACCAGCUUCAGCAGACCAAUACGUCCCGACAGCUAAUAUUGCUGAUAUUGCUCAUGCCGAGCCACCGUUACAAGCGACCAUUCCCGCUCCUGUCCCUGCACCGGUAGAGAUCGACACUGCAGUUUUAACCCAGAACGCUACAAAAGACUCAGAAGAUGCAUCACUUGGAACGCCUUGGAAGGAAGCCCUGCAAACCUUGGCCCUUAGCACAACACCUGUUAUCUCCUCUCCUGCCUUACCACCGCACCCUCUUGACAGUGCCCCUUCGCAACAAACUCUCUCAGCCCCUUCCGCCUCAGCCCCGACCACAAUCAAGAAAACAAGGCCCGAUCUGCCUCAAUUCACCGCCUCGUCACCAAUACCAUUCCCGAAGAUGGAUCUGGGUGUCCGUCCUCUACAGCCAGCCAAAGAAGAAGGAAAACCUUCACAUCAUCAGCACCCAGUUGAAAGCCAUCCACAUCUCCAACACCAGACCAAGGAGAGCACUGCUCCUGUCGCCGAGACCAAAUCUGCCCUGCAGCAGCUUCCCAAGGCGGCAGCAGAUGCGUCGAUGUGGGAAGUGCCGGAGACACCACGACGGUGA